CGGCUGCGUGCUGACGUCACCGCUCGCUCCUGUCAGUCAACGCCAAAAUAAGAAACCGAGGAGAAACUUUUCCUUCGAGCUUGCGUGAGACCGAUCUUUCGCCCGGAGGAGACGCCGUGCUGUCCCCGUGCUGUCCCCGUGGUGUCCCCGGGGCUGUGAUGGUCCUGGCCCGGACUCGACGCCGCCCAGGAGCCCGUGUUUGCCCCUCUCCUCUGCCGGGGACGCGGGGCUGGAGCCGCGUAGCCCCGCGCUGCUAGCUAGCGUCCACCGGAGGACCGGAGGGACCGUGGAGACACCGGAGGCUGAUCCGGGCUCGACCGCCUGACACGACCUGUGCACCGGGGAGCAGGGUCACGGUUUGCUGACAUUGCAGCGGGACAAGGUCAAACCCUGGCCGGUAGAUCUGCUCUCCUGUCCGGGCUGUCAACCGCAGGGAGGAGGCUCUCCUCCUCCUCCUCCUCCUCCUCCUCCUCUUCCUCCCAUGGGGCAGAGUAGUAAAACCAGGCCUGCCAGGUGAAUGAUGGAGACGAGGGAGUUGACCGUUGUAGCUGGCAGCUUCGUGAGUUUCCAGCUGCUCUUCUCAGUGGUCAGCCCGCUGCUGUCGUCCGCCAUCGCCCCGGGUUAUGGACGGCUGCCUCACACCAAACUGACAGAGUGGAACUCCAGGUUGGUGUCGACCGUGCACGCUCUGGUUGUGGGUCUGCUCUGUUUGUACAUCCUGUGGUUCGAUGACGACGUCAACGCCAACCCCGUCUGGGGCGAACCCGGGCUCGUCAAACUCAACGUGGCCAUAACAUGUGGUUACCUCCUCUACGACCUCGUGCUGCUCGCCUGUAACUGGCGCACUAUGGGGGACAAGUUUUUCGUCUGUCACCACUUGGCGGCGCUCUACGCAUAUGGAUAUGUGCUGUCUCGUGGCGUGCUUCCUUACUUUGCAAACUUUCGUCUUCUCUCAGAGUUGUCGACACCGUUUGUGAACCAAAGGUGGUUCUUUGAGGCGUUAAAGUUCCCCCGGGGACACUUGAUGGUGGUGUCGAACGGCGUUGCCAUGGCGGUGGUGUUCUUCCUGGUACGCAUCGCCGUCAUGCCGUCCUACUGGUUCAGUGUGUUCGCCACCUUCGGCACGGAGGAGUUUGACCGGCUGGGUCUGGGCGCCCAGGUGGCCUGGAUCACGUCCUGCAUCGCCCUGGACAUCCUGAACACUAUCUGGAUGUACAAGAUCACCAAGGGCUGCUACAAGGUCCUGAUGAGGAGAAUUGGAGGAGGAGGAGGGAAGGUGAAGGAAGGAGCAGAGGAGUCGUCUUCCCCUCUCGACAGGAAGUGCGUCAACAACCACACGGACUAAAGAGACGUAGAGGACAGGAUGUGUAGACGCAGACACAAGCAGGGAGGCAGGCAGGCUGGACUCAGCAUCCUUCACCCCCCCGCUCCAAUCCCUACAGCUAGCCCCUGAUCUCGUCGGCUACUGGACCGGGCUCCGACUCUUCAGGCUCCGCCCCCGUCACCGGACAAGGAGACGGCUCUUUGACUGACUCAAGCACCAGCCUUGUUUUUCACUGACGCAUUGGUAUCCUCCUGGGUGACGGAGCUCACAAGCACACUUUUAACUCCACUCACCUGUUUCAUCACCGCCGCCAUUUCCUCCCUCUCACCCCCCGCCCUCCAUUUCCUCCCUCUCAUCCCCCCCACUAAGUCUCCUGUCGCACUCAACUUCAGCCAAAGCCCAACCCUCUGAAGUGCCUGUGAACGACAGGAGAGCAAUAAUCCCGGAGGAGCGAGACCGCGAUGCUCGACGCCGUUUAUCCCCUUCAGUCGACUUCCAUCUCCCGGUCACGCCGCCGCUCCUGAAGAACGACCUCUUCUGUUUUUAACACCGCGUCCACACUCGAAGGAGCCGUGACGUUCAGAGUGAGGAGCUCUCCCAUCGGACCCGUGCAGUGUUUGUGAAUCUACAGGGCUCUUGUCUGGAACUCAUCUGACCUCACGAAAAAAAGAGACAGGAAAAACACCAUAAUGCCUCUUCUACAGUUUCACCUGCUGUGGCCUCCUUGUGACAAGUGGCGCCUGCCGAUAUCACCAGCCCUCCAACCUUCCUUUUAUGAUUUGGAAUAAAUAUAAAGUAGAGCAUGCAGCAAAGGGAAAGACACGCUCUCUAACACCUUUAACUUCUCGCAGGACGAAUUAUGCCUUUUCAGUAUUCAUCACGUCUCUUCAGUCUCUUUAGCCGUCACAGUAACGCGUCUCAAUCUAAUAUCAACAUACAUCCAUCGCAACCCUCUGCCUCACUGGAUCGAGCUCCACUGUCCAGCUCACACAUUUGAUUUGGUUCUACCUCUCCCCCGGCCUUACAGACACUCGGUCAAUCCCUUCCUCUUUUCCUUCUGCUCUUCUGUACGUAGCCUUCUGAGUGUGGUGUGUGUGUUGUGGUAUCACUGGUAUCACUGGUGCAGAGGGGCCGUCUGGUCGGCCCACCCAGGCCGUGCAGGGAAACGCAGUGGCAUCACUUUUCUCACUAAAACGUCCAGUCAGUGUCGAGCGGCGCCCCCCAUGAGGCUUUUUAUACUUCCAUUUAUUCUCAGUAACCCUGAGGACCUAAUGGAGGACAGGGGGUUCACACACACACACACACACACAGAAUAGCAUGCUAACCACACACUGUAUCUGGUGCCCUUCUCCAACACUGACGUGGUGCUCCUCCGUUUGCUGAAUGUUAGCAAUAUGACAUUUUUCAAAUUCUUUUUCUAUCUAAUACUCAAAUUUAUAUGGAUGUACCGAUCUGUGACAACAAUAUGCUGUUGAAAGCAACGUGGCAAUCUGCAUGUUUGUUUUUUUCUUUCUGUAUAAAUGUAUAAAUCAUGUCUCUAACGCAUGGUAAGAUUGACAUAUUUCUGUGAUGCCUUAGUGAAUAGUUACCAUAGAUGAAUAACAUCUAAACAUUAAUUGCAUUGGUCUAAUGCUGAGAAGGGUUUGUCUUCCAAACACAGGUGAUGUUUUUGCCUCUGGGAGGAAACUGACUGCAUGUACGUUAGAUUCCUCUCUGCUGCCCCUGCAUGUCUGUACAUAUUCUCACAUACAGUAACUCUGCAGGUACCUUUCUCCCACUGUAUGAUAACUCACUAAUCCUGGCCACGUUUUCUGCAGAACAGUUAAAUUUGGUUUCACAGGCCACGUCACGACAGACAGAAUCACAAGAGGUUGAAGAUACAGCUGCAUUUAGGCUCUGCUCACAUUUUGACUCCCUGUUAUUGUGUUUGCUUUAACGAGUUGUCCACCAGUUCAGCAUCUUGCUCCUGUAACAGUUUCAGACUCGCGAUGUCAGUUGUUUGGUUUCUUUGUUGUUUUUUUAAGGGGGAAGAGAAUCGAUGCAGUAGAACCAGAGAUAAUUGUCAGGUUUCCAUUCAGCUGCAGCACACGGUUUAACAAAAGUCCUAGAGAUGUCUGUAGAGAAACACUAAUGAAAUUACACUUGUACAUCGAGUAGUUGUAAUUCUACAGCCAGGUGCAACGAGACAGAGACUUAAAGAAGAGAAACACUGGAAAAUCAUAACUAAUUAUCAUGUUUUUUUAACUGUAUGAACUGUCUCCUCUGCGCCACACACAUCAGAUGGGAGCUGGCACUAAAUUGAUCUCUUUAAUGGAGCUAAUGGUUCAGUCCCAUGCUUCACGUCGGUCGUGAUUGAUUCAGGAAGUCUGAGCACCCCCCCCCCCCCUCUCGGCAUCGUUAUGCUCCAAGUGGCCAACUGGUGCAGAGAUGAGGAGCAGGUCCACUUCACUCUUUAAUUCUAACGUCUAGUUUCCAUCCUCCAGUCACUUGAGGCAUUUCUCUUAUCGAUCUUUGCACAGCUCCUCUCGGAGCCACACCAGGCUUUAUUCGACCAGUACGUACCAACGUCUGAACUAAUCUAAAACCGUUGGAUUUCCCAUUUAAGUAUCUGUCGUUGCAUAGUUGGUCUGAGAAUGUGUGUAGGUGUUUUCACUGGAACCAUGAAGCACACUCCCUGCGGAGCAUGACUCAGCGAUCUCCUGUUGUUCUGUCUGUCACCACGGAGGAGGGGCUACAGGAACUCGUGCCUUCACACAAACUGUGGAUGUGAUUCAGGCAGAUUUUGGAUUAGCAUGAUCUUUCUAGUGUAAUAAAUAUCCAGUGAUUAUUUCCCCUCUAUUCCGUAUGUAUACUCUGUGUAUAUUUUUAUAAUCUGCCUGCACAAUGAUUAAUCCGGCCAAGUAUUAUAAUCCAAAACUGAUCCGUCGUCAGGAGCCUGUUGUGUGUAGAUUUUUGUUGUUGUGCUCUCCUGAUUCGAGGGAUGUGUGUCUGUGAAUGUUGUCAUGGGUCGUCCAGUGGCAUUACGAUGAGCUCACGGCGCCCGGCGCGAUGAAAACUGAAAAUCAAACUAUAUAUUUUUGACAUGAGCACUUAGACGGACACGUAGUUCACGGGAAAGGCUCACAUCUCGUUUCUCCGGCCUUCAACGCAAAACUGUGAAUAGAUGUAGAAUAAAAGCUGUAACUGUUCAGUCUAGAUAUUAAAGAGAUCGGGGAGGGAGGCUUGACGACACGCGUGUUCUGGAAUGUCUUUUAGUUUGAACGUUGAACUGAACUUUUAUACUUGUCAGGAUUUUCUACAGAAUAUAUUUCAAGCCCUGAUAUUUGUGCUGUAUCUCAAAACCUGGAGCUGCUUGGAAAUCGACAGAAUGAAGUGAUGAGGCUGCUGUAACCUGCACGUAAUAUCGUGUCUGGUUAGAACAACCCGGUUGCCUUUGUUUCUUUUGGGAGGCCAACGUUCAUUAUGUUAUAUAAUGAAUAUAUUUAAAAAUUAUAUAUAUAUAUAUAUCAGAAAGGUAUAAGGAACCAGCUCAGUAUCCUGUUCUGAGAUCGAGUACAUUAUAACAAAGCUGCAUUCAAAUUGGUACUAAUACAGUUUAUUGAGCUGCUCAUCUCAAGGUUACACACGGUAUUUAACAAUUAUUAGUGCUUCUCAAAUCUUUGUUUUCAAAUUUGAUCCUGUACGAACAAUGAAAUGUGACUGAUGGAUAUCCGGGGACGACGGCUGUGGUGUGACGGUUCAAAACGACUGGAAAAAAAAACCUUCAAUCAAGUGACUUGCCAGUUUUUGUUUCUCCUGUUGAAUGACUUGCCAGUGUGGCUUAUGUUCCCUCCUUUUUAAUUUUGUCUCCUAAUGCAAUUUCUUCCUGUGAUUUUUUUUUUUUUUUUCCUCCUGGAGGUUUUAAUGUGAAACAGCCGACACCUCCACACUGGCCUUGGGGGCCUCGUCUGAGCGCCGCGGCUCAGAUUGUUGUCGUCUACAAUCACCACUACUAAUGAUCAUGUAAUUGUAGUGCUGACAGCCGAGACUUACUUGAAAGUGUUAAUCUUCAAUAAAGUUGAAGAAAAGAGAAAA